AUGGUGACCGCUCGCCGGGGCACGGCCUCCACCUGCGCGCUCCUGCUGCUCUUGCUGCUUCCGGCUGUGGUCUCCAUCUCUUAUUCCUCCGGGUUGCUCCGUGGUCAGGACCAGGACAGAUCGGCGCUGCUCCAGAUCAAGAACGCCUUUCCUGCCGUAGAGCUGCUCCAGCAGUGGUCCCCGGACUCUGGCGGCCCCAACCACUGCUCCUGGCCGGGGGUAACCUGCGACUCGAGCUCCCGGGUCGUCGCACUGGAGGUGCCCUCUCCUUCACGGCGCUCCGGACCCGGCCGGGAGCUUGCCGGCGAGCUGCCUGCGGCGGUUGGGCUCCUCGCCGAGCUGAAAGAGGUCUCCUUUCCGUUCCACGGCCUCCGGGGCGAGAUCCCCGGUGAGAUCUGGCGGUUGGAGAAGCUCGAGGUGGUCAACCUCCCCGGGAACUCUCUCCGGGGCGCCCUUCCUGCCGCCUUCCCGCCGCGGCUGAGGGUGCUCUCCCUCGCUUCCAACCUGCUUCACGGUGAGAUCCCCUCCUCCCUUUCCACCUGCAAAGACUUGGAGAGGUUGGAUCUUUCAGGCAACCGGUUCACUGGAUCGGUGCCGGGAGCGCUUGGCGGCCUGACCAAGCUGAAGUGGCUUGACUUGUCUGGAAACCUUCUUGCCGGGGGCAUCCCCUCUGGUCUGGGGAAUUGCAGGCAGCUCCGCUCGCUGCGGUUGUUCUCCAAUUCAUUACAUGGUUCAAUUCCAGCAGGAAUUGGAAGGCUGAGGAAACUACGGGUAUUGGACGUAUCGAGAAACAGAUUGAGUGGCCUGGUGCCACCGGAGCUGGGGAAUUGCUCAGAUUUGUCAGUUCUCAUAUUGUCUAGCCAGUCCAAUUCAGUAAAGUCACUUGAGUUCAAUCUGUUUAAAGGAGGGAUUCCAGAGAGUGUGACAGCUUUGCCAAGACUCAGGGUGCUAUGGGUGCCGAGGGCGGGCCUGGAAGGAACUCUCCCGAGCAACUGGGGAAGGUGUUCUAGUUUAGAAAUGGUUAAUCUGGGGGGAAAUUUACUUUCUGGAGCAAUCCCAAGGGAGCUAGGACAGUGCAGUAACCUCAAGUUUCUCAACCUUAGCUCGAAUAGAUUAUCUGGUUUGCUGGAUAAGGAUCUCUGUCCGCAUUGUAUGAUUGUGUUUGAUGUCAGUGGAAAUGAACUUUCAGGAUCAAUUCCAGCAUGUUUGAAUAAAGUCUGUGCAUUUCAGCUGAUGCUGGAUGAAAUGUCAUCCAGUUAUUCUUCACUCCUCAUGUCCAAAACUCUACAAGAACUGCCAUCGGGUUUUUGCAACUCUGGGGAGUGUUCUGUUGUGUAUCAUAAUUUUGCAAAGAACAAUCUCGAAGGUCAUCUUACAUCCUUGCCAUUCAGUGCUGACAGGUUUGGUAACAAGACGACAUAUGUGUUUGUUGUUGAUCACAACAAAUUCACUGGAUCGUUGGAUUCAAUUCUGUUGGAACAGUGUAGCAACUUGAAGGGGCUGGUUGUAAGCUUCCGAGACAACAAGAUAUCUGGUCAGCUCACAGCAGAGUUUAGCAGAAAAUGCAGUGCUAUCAGAGCUUUGGAUUUAGCUGGCAAUCAAAUAUCAGGAAUGAUGCCUGAUAAUGUUGGUUUGUUAGGAGCACUUGUCAAGAUGGACAUGAGCAGAAACUUUCUGGAGUGUCAAAUACCUGCCAGUUUCGAAGACUUCAAGAGCUUGAAGUUUCUCUCAUUAGCUGGGAACAACCUCAGUGGCAGAAUACCAUCCUGUUUGGGUCAGUUGAGAUCACUGAGGGUUUUAGAUCUCUCAUCUAAUUCUCUUGCAGGUCAGAUCCCAAAUAACCUUCUGACACUAAGAGACAUCACUGUGCUUCUACUCAACAAUAAUAAGCUCUCUGGAAACAUCCCUGAUCUUGCCUCUUCACGUUCACUGUCCAUAUUCAAUGUUUCAUUCAAUGACUUGUCUGGGCCACUGCCUUCAAAAAUUCACUCACUGACAUGCGACAGUAUUCGUGGAAAUCCAUCCCUCCAACCCUGUGGACUGUCAACGCUCUCUAGUCCAUUAGUGAAUGCCCGAGCACUAAGUGAGGCAGACAAUAAUCCACCACCUGACAAUACAACCCCUGAUAGCAAUGGUAGCGGUGGCGGAUUCAGCAAAAUAGAGAUUGCCUCCAUAACUUCAGCCUCAGCAAUUGUUGCAGUUCUCCUGGCUCUGGUCAUCCUUUACAUUUACACACGAAAAUGUGCAUCAAGACCAUCAAGACGUUCUCUAAGAAGAAGGGAAGUCACUGUUUUUGUUGAUAUUGGUGCUCCCUUGACAUAUGAGACUGUUUUACGUGCCAGUGGAAGCUUCAAUGCAAGUAAUUGCAUUGGAAGUGGUGGCUUUGGAGCAACGUACAAAGCUGAGGUUGCACCAGGAAAAUUGGUGGCAAUAAAGAGGCUUGCUAUUGGAAGAUUCCAAGGCAUUCAGCAGUUCCAAGCAGAGGUCAAAACACUUGGGAGUUGUCGCCAUCCCAAUCUUGUAACACUCAUAGGAUACCAUCUCAGUGAUUCAGAGAUGUUUCUAAUAUAUAAUUUUCUGCCUGGUGGCAAUUUGGAAAGGUUCAUACAAGAAAGGAGUAAGAGACCAAUUGAUUGGAGAAUGCUUCACAAAAUUGCUCUAGAUGUUGCGCGUGCACUUGCAUAUCUCCAUGACAAUUGUGUCCCACGCAUCUUGCACAGGGAUGUCAAACCAAGUAACAUAUUGCUUGACAAUGAUCACACUGCCUACCUUUCUGAUUUUGGAUUAGCAAGGCUGCUUGGAAAUUCAGAAACACAUGCAACCACUGGCGUGGCAGGUACUUUUGGGUAUGUAGCUCCAGAGUAUGCGAUGACAUGCCGCGUUUCUGAUAAGGCAGAUGUGUAUAGCUAUGGAGUUGUACUUCUUGAACUCAUUUCAGACAAAAAGGCACUGGAUCCUUCUUUCUCUCCUUACGGGAAUGGAUUCAACAUAGUUGCCUGGGCUUGCAUGCUUCUACAAAAGGGCCGAGCUCGUGAAUUCUUUAUAGAAGGGCUGUGGGAUGUGGCCCCACAUGACGACCUUGUUGAGAUUCUACACCUGGGCAUCAAGUGUACGGUUGAUUCUCUUUCUUCUAGGCCCACAAUGAAGCAAGUUGUUCGGCGACUUAAGGAACUCAGACCACCGUCAUACUAG